AUGGAUGAUCCAGUUGGAACUUGGCUAAUAUUGUUUUUCUGUCUUAUGCUUAUUCUCUUGAGCAUCUACAGAACAAUUAGAUUGAUACUCACCAGAGUUGCUACAAUGAGGGCAAAAUCGAGCGAGGGCAAAGUAACCAACACAACUCCAAUGUCAUUGCUCGAGGUCAAGCUGUCACUCCCUACGAAGAUUAUAUUUGGCGAUGCAGCCAUUGCACAGAAGUAUGAUGCAGCAGAACUGGCUCAACUGUCCAAGAUUAGGCUUGGUGAAGGAACCUUAGGUACCUUGUAUAAAGUUGUUCUUAACUGUGGCUCUAUCAUUACAAUGAGAAAGAUCCGAGAUGGUUUGGUUAGUACUGCUGAUCUCGAGUUUUGGAUCAAGUUCUUUGGCGGAUUAAGUGAUGAAUGGCUCUUGCCAAUGCAGUUCAGUUUAUGGUAUGGUGGGGAAGCUUUUGUUAUACAUGAGUAUUUGUGCUUAGGGAGCCUUGAGGAGCUAUUACAUGGAAGUGAAGGAGUCCAAUUCACUCCUUUAAACUGGAAAAUUCGUCUCCAAAUAGCUCUCAGUGCAGCCAAGGCAGUGGCUGCAAUUCAUAUCAGAGUGACAAAAACCGGUAAAGGUCUCAUUUGUGGGGUGAUCAAGGCCUCCAAUGUUCUGAUCAAGAUUGACUUUUAUGCAUGUCUUUCCAGCUACGAAACGCCUUAUUUGGUAUCCCCAUCGACAAUCAUCAGAAGAAAUCCUGGCCGCAUAGCACCAGAAUUAGCACUGCCCCAAAGCAACCCGAGACUCUUCACACAUAAGUCCGAUGUUUAUAGCUUUGGAAUCCUUUUGUUAGAGCUUAUUACAGGGAAAAAGCCUUCUGUGACUAACUUAGGAGAGUAUGUGAAAGAGAAACUUAAAAGGGAAGGAUUGAAAGGUGUGUCUGAUAAGAGAAUGGUAGAUGUGAAGGAAAAUGUGGCUGAUAUGAUUAACAUUGCAGGGCUUUGUCUUUCAAAUAAUCCAAAGAAAAGGCCUUCGAUGGAUAGAGUGGUGGAGAUGAUUCAAGGAUUGGAGUGA